CCUGACACUCAUUCCCCUCCCCUCCAGCCCGCCACACCCUUCGUCCUCGGCUCCUCCUGUGCGCCGCGCCGCCGCCAGGAGCGAUCCGCGCCCUCCCCCCUCCUCUCGAAUCUGACCGAGCGCCGGCCCGGCCGGCGGCGCCCGGGCCUCCACGCCAGGCCGCCCCCCACUCCUCCCCGGUCCCCGCAAGGCCGCAACCACGCGGGCACGCUGCCCCUGUCCGAUCCACCUCGCCUCCAGCCGCCCUGCACUUUCCAUCCUCCAGCCGUCCUUCUCGCAAUCUCGGUGUGGAAGCCCCUGUAGCCGGCACCCGCGCGCCGCUCCCGCCUUCCGUACCCGCAAAACCCCUCUCAGAACCCACCGGGAGAAAGCCGAAAAGCGGGGGAAACAGAGGGCGAUGGCGUCGUCGGAGGGGGAGACGAACCGCCUGUGGCGCAUCCGGCGCACGCUGAUGCAGAUGCUGCGCGACCGCGGGUACAUGAUCCAUGAAACCGAGGACAUCGGCCUCAAAAGGGCGGCUUUCGUGGAUCGCUACGGCGACCCCGUCCGCCGCGACGACCUCGUCAUCAACCGCUACAAGAAGGACAACCCCGCCGACCAGAUCUACGUGUUCUUCCCGAAUGAGGCCAAGCCCGGCGUGAAGACGAUCAGGAACUACGUCGAGAAGAUGAAGCAGGAGAACGUCUUCGCCGGCAUACUCGUUGUGCAGCAGGCGCUCAGUGCGUUCGCACGCAGCGCCGUGCAGGAGGUCUCCCAGAAGUACCAUCUGGAGGUCUUCCAGGAAGCUGAGCUUCUUGUGAACAUUAAGGAGCAUGUCCUAGUGCCGGAGCACGAGCUCCUGACACCGGAUCAGAAGAAGACACUGCUAGAGCGAUACACCGUGAAGGAAACCCAGCUCCCCCGGAUUCAGAUUACAGACCCAAUAGCAAGAUACUACGGCAUGAAGCGUGGGCAGGUUGUGAAGAUCAUCCGAGCCAGUGAAACUGCUGGAAGAUACGUCACCUACCGCUACGUUGUCUGAGCUUCCCCUACAUUCUCAUGGCUUGAGCUUCUGCCGUGAACCAUCACCAAGUGAAAAUUUUCCCCAAGCUUCUAAUCUUGGCUGUGUACUUCGAAACAUUGUUACCGCUGAGAACCUGAAGUGCCUUCAAAGCGCUCUGGUGCUUUUCCCUGAGAACUGAUUGACGUUACGCCGUUUUAGCACUAGAAUUAGUUUUCCUGUAGCUGUAGCUGUAGCUGUGUUCCAUCUAUGAAAUCAUCGUUCCGAUUUGAAGAGGACAAGCUUUGACCUGUA